AUGGCCGGCCCUCCGUCCUCCCGCCCCGGCUGGUUCGCCGUCCCGGCCCCCGUCCGCGAGCUCUUCAAGCUCUUCCCCCUCGCCACCCUCCCGCCCGAGUCCCUCCCCGAACGUAGCCCUGAGCCCUCCUUGUCGUCUUCAUCUCGCGCUCGGCCGCGCCUCUAUGUAUUUGCGAGGACGUGGGAGGACGCCAGCAAUGGCCGGCCGAGCUUCAAUCCCCAAUGCCUCAAGUGGCAGACAUUCCUCCGUAUCGCCGGCGUAGACGUCGACCUCGUCCCCUCCAACAACCACGCCUCUCCCUCCGGCGCCCUGCCCUUCCUCCUCCCUCCCACAACAACAGCAACAACAACACCAACAUCAUCCUCCCCCGAAAAGGAAUCAGCAAAGCCUGCUCCCGCUAGCAAGACCACAGCAACAACAACAACAUCAACCAUCCCCCUCACAGGCGCCAAGAUCCACCGCUACGCUCAAGACCACGCAACCACCGCAACCUCCCCCGACGCGCCCCCCUCCCGCACCGAAGCCUACGAAGCCCUCCUCUCACAAAGUCUUCGUCCCGCAUGGCUCUACGCCCUCUACCUCCACCCAUCAAACACCCCCCUCCUCAAAACCCUCUACCUGCCCGCCUCCCCGAUCCUCCACCUCCCCGCCCUCCACGCCCUCCGCGACGCCGCCGCCUCCGAGAUCCUAAAGACCACCCGCUCCCCGUCAAUCUCCCCGCCGCAGCUCCUCGCCGACGCCACAGACGCCCUGCGCGCCCUCUCGACCUUGCUCGCCGGCGACGAAUGGUUCUUUGGCCGUCCCGACCCGGGCCUCUUCGACGCCGAGGUGUUUGCCUACACGUGGCUCAUUCUGGAUGAAGAAUUUGGCUGGGCCGCCGCGGCGAAGGCGGCGGAGGAGGAGGAGGAGGAGGAGGAGGAAAGUUUUGCGCUUGCAGAGGGCUUGGCUGGGUUCGACAACUUGGUCAGCCAUAGGAGGAGGCUGUAUGAGCGGUGUUGGCCUGAAGCAGUCGGGCAAGCACACUAG